AUGAUGUCCAUGAACAGCAAGCAGCCUCACUUUGCCAUGCAUCCCACCCUCCCUGAGCACAAGUACCCGUCGCUGCAUUCCAGCUCCGAGGCCAUCCGGCGGGCCUGCCUGCCCACGCCGCCGCUGCAGAGCAACCUCUUCGCCAGCCUGGACGAGACGCUGCUGGCGCGGGCCGAGGCGCUGGCGGCCGUGGACAUCGCGGUGUCCCAGGGCAAGAGCCACCCUUUCAAGCCGGACGCCACGUACCACACGAUGAACAGCGUGCCGUGCACGUCCACGUCCACCGUGCCGCUGGCCCACCACCACCACCACCACCAUCACCACCAGGCGCUCGAGCCGGGGGACCUGCUGGACCACAUCUCGUCGCCGUCGCUCGCGCUCAUGAGCACCAUCUGCAGGUUCGAGUCGCUCACGCUGUCGCACAACAACAUGAUCGCGCUCAAGCCCAUCCUGCAGGCGUGGCUGGAGGAGGCCGAGGGCGCGCAGCGCGAGAAAAUGAACAAGCCCGAGCUCUUCAACGGCGGCGAGAAGAAGCGCAAGCGGACUUCCAUCGCCGCGCCCGAGAAGCGCUCCCUCGAGGCCUACUUUGCCGUGCAGCCCCGGCCCUCGUCCGAGAAGAUCGCCGCCAUCGCCGAGAAACUGGACCUCAAAAAGAACGUGGUGCGGGUGUGGUUUUGCAACCAGAGACAGAAGCAGAAGCGGAUGAAAUUCUCCGCCACUUACUGA